AUGGUCACGGACCACCGGGUCUACGACUACGGCGCGAUCCGCGGCGAGCAGGGCCCGCUCGUCUACCCGGCCGGCCACGUCUGGCUCUACGCGGCCGUGGGCCGCUACGCCGGCGGGUCGAUCCUCGCGGCGCAGAAGCUCUUCGGUUUACUUUAUGUCCUCGACGCCUUCGUCGUCGCGCGAAUCUACGCGGGCGCGCUGGCCAAGGACGCGUUUCCGCCCGUACUGCUCGCUGUCCUGGCGCUCUCGAAGCGCGCGCACAGCGUCUUCGCGCUGCGGCUCUUCAACGACGGGCCCGUGGCGCUGCUGAGCCACGCGAGCGUGCUCGCCUUCAUGCGGGGCCACGACAAUCUGGCCUGCGUCGUCUUCUCUUUAGCGGUGUCCGUGAAGAUGAACGCGCUGUUGUACGCGCCCGCGGUCUACCUCGUGCUGGCGGCGCGGCGGGGCCACCGGGGCGCGUGGCUGCGCAUCGUGCUUUUGUGCGGCGGCGUCCAGGUGCUCGUCGCGUGGCCGUUUCUCACGACGGACCCGACGGGCUACGUCGCGAACGCCUUCAACCUCGGCCGGGGCUUCAAGCACUACUGGUCCGUGAACUUCAAGUGGGUGCCCUGCGAGGCGCGCCUGCCGGAGCAUGUGACGGCCCUGGCGGACUGCGACGGGCCCUUUUCGUCGUCGACCUUCAAGGUCGCGAGCUUAGCGGCGCACGCGCUCGCGCUCGUCGCGCUCGCGGAGCGGUGCUGGCUCCGGCGGCGCGGCGGCUUCGUCGGCUUCUUCGCGAGCCCGCAGAAGCGCGGGCCCUUCUCGCCCGCGGCCGCGGCGAGGGCGCUCCUCGCCUGCAACUUCGUCGGAGUGGCCUGCGCGCGGUCGCUCCACUUCCAGUUCUGCGUCUGGUACGCGAACACGCUGCCGUUCCUGCUCGCGACGACGAAGCUGCCGCUGGCGGCGAAGGCGGCGCUCCUCGUCGCCGUCGAGGCCGCGUGGAACCCCUGGGGCGGCUCCGAGACGUCGUCGCCCGCGUCGUCGCUGCUCCUCACGGCGGCCCACGCGGCCAUCCUCGCCGCGCUCCUCGCGGCCGCGCCCGGGGACAAGGGCGCCGCGAAGACGGAGUGCAACGCAAUGGCUGCCUUGACGGAGAGCCCGGCCGGUCCGUGGACGCCCUUUGCGAAAGCCACCGCGCCGCGGCAGUGCUGCGAUGUCCAGUGGUGCGGCGACACGGUGAUCGCGGCGACCUACGACUACAUCGAGGAUGAAGGCCUGCGCCGGGGCGGCCUCUGCGCCCUCGCCGUCGGCGGCGACGGCGCGCUCGCCGUGCGGUCGACGCUGGAGUUGCGCGGCGGCUACGCCGUCGCCGUGGAGCCCGGCACCGCGCAGCUCGCCUGCGCGACGGCGGACGGCCGCGUCGCGCUCGCCGCCGUCGGCGACGACGGCGCGCUCUCGCUCUCGUUCGCGUCCGAGCCCAGGGGCCACCUCUUCACGUCCGUCGAGUGGUGCGGCGACGGCGAGCUGACCGUCGCCGAGGGCGACUCGGGCGCCGUGUCGCUCUGGCGGCGCGCGGGCGACGGCGUCGUCGAGGAGCGGCGCUGGGCGGCGCACGACUACGGCCCCGGCUGCCCGGCCGAGGUCUGGUGCGCGACGCGGGGCGCCGGGCUGGUCUACUCGGGCGCCGACGACGGCACGCUGAAGGCCUGGGACCCGCGCACGCCGGGCCCGAGCCGCGCGGCGUCCCUGCGGCACGACGCGGGCGUGACCUCGGUCCUCGCGCUCGAGGGCGGCGGCGUCGCGACGGGCUCCUACGACGAGCACCUGCGGCUCUGGGACCUGCGGCGGCCGCGCGCGGCGGUCGCGGCGGUCCGCCUCGGCGGCGGCGUCUACGCGCUCCGCGGCGACGGCCCCGGCGCGUUCCUCGCCGCCUGCAUGGACGCGGGCGUCCACCGCGUCGUGACCUCCGACGGCGGCGCGCUGGCGGACGCCGGCGCCUACGCGCACCACGGGUCGCUGGCCUACGGCGCCGCGAGGCACGCGGCGACGCGCGUCGUCGCGAGCUGCUCCUUCUACGACCGGGAGGUGCACCUGUGGCGGGACGGCUCCUUCGAGCAGACCAUGCUCACGCUCAAGACCGUGGGCACGGCGCAGGAAAUGCAGUUCCGCCAGGCGACGGACGCGCUGCGCGCCUGCGACGACUACGAGGCGACGCUCAGCGCCGCGCAACUAGCCUUGCACCGCCUCUGCGCCGAUCCGCUGCUCUUCGCGUCGACGCGCGCGAGCGUUCCGGGAGCCGGCGCGGCGAAAUUGAUGGCGGCGCUCGGCUACCGGUCCGCGGGCGGCGCGCGCUUCGUCUUCGAGGGCGCCAAGUCGCCCGUCGUGCUGCGCCGCCUCGCGCUCGCGACCAAGGCGCUGGACGCGUACCGCGCCGACGAGCGCGCGCGGCGCGCGACGGCCAAGUUCGCGGCCCUGCCCGCCGAACCUUCGCCGGGCGCGUCGGGAACGACGACGCUCCGCGUGAUGCCGGCGAACGAGCGGCGCCGCUACGAGGCCGACGACACCUUCGCCAAGGCCCUGGCCUGGAUCCGCGUCGUCGUCGACGACCCGGACCUCGGAUGCGACCAGGUCGCGGUGGAGUUCCCGAAGAAGCGCCUCGCGGAGGACGAUGGCGGCCGCACGCUCCAGGCGCUCGGCCUCUGGCCGUCGGCGACGCUCCGCGUGGGGCCCGAGCCGGCGCCGCCCCUGCCGCCGCCGCCGCCGCGCGGCCUGCGCCUCGGCGGCAAGCCCAAGCCCUCGGACCUCUUCCGCCGCGCCACUUUCAACAUGCAGAAGCUCGCCCUCGCCCUCGCCCUCGCCCCCGCCGCGGCCUUCGUGCCGUCGGCCGCCCCCAAGGCCGCCCUCAAGAUGGACGCGACCAUCCAGCAGACGCUCGCGUCCAUGCAGGGCCCGGAGGUCUUCUGGGGCUCCGACGGCGUGCUCGAGGGCCACGAGGAGGACGAGGUCAAGGGCUACGACAACUUCGACGUGCUCGCCGGGGCCAUGCAGGCCCAGGGCGUCAACCUCGACGGCGGCCAGUACACGCUCCUCGCGCCCUCCAACUCGGCCAUCGAGAAGCACAACAAGGAGGUCGGCACGCCGAUCGACGCGAACAUCCUCAAGUACCACGUCAUCAACGGCGCCGUCGCCAUGUCCGGCCUCACCGUGGACCAGCCGACGCUCAACGGCGGCACGCUCACGGCCUACCGCAAGUUCCGCAAGAACUGGCUCGACGGCGCGAUCAUCGGCCUCUCGUCCGAGGGCGCGUCCAAGUCCUCCAGCUGGCCCGCGGACGUCGCCUGCGACAACGGCGUCAUCCACGCGAUCGACACCGUCCUCGUGCCCGGCGCGUACGACGGCCCGCGGUAA